GUCUCCUCGGUUGAACCGCUACAGCGACUGAGAGGCAUUGAUGCAUGACAAUAUUGGAUUUAAUGUUGCAUAUUUAUAGUCGACUUUCAGUGGGUGAAAUGUGUGCGCUUUGAAUGAUUCUCUGCAGCCUUUGGAUACUUUGAAAUAACUUUCUUAUGGAAUUUUUUUUUUAUUUCACAUCAUGGAUUUCAACAUUUAAAAGCUGACAAUUUGAUCUAGAUCUAAGUAUUACUGAUGGAAGACAUCGCAUCUUAAGAUGACCUUAAUGAAAUUGAAUCACUAAAACUGAACAGAAGUUAUUAUGACAGAAAACAGAAAGGUCAUAACUAAGAAUAAGCCAUGACUAAAGGUACUGGAAGUACUGUCAAUAGUACAAUGUAAGCACUUUUCGACAUCACGUUUGCUCGAGUAGAUAUACUCCCAACCACUUUAUCAGUUACUUCAUGGGCUGGAGAUCCACUUCUCUGGUUACUGAAGUAACAGAAAUGUUCCUAACACAAUUAGAUAUUGGUGCUUGAGGGGACUGUCCGUGCACUACAAUGUUACGAAAACAUUUGACGCCUGGUCGUCAUGACAACAUUGCAAUUAUCACAACGCUGACUUCCAUUCUGGUGAACUUCCUGUCGGCUGCCAGUGUUUCCAGCAGCACUUCCUCAUUCUCGACACCUAUGACGUCACAGCCUCGCCGUCUUCCGUCAGCGCUUGAAAGUUCGUCACAGUCUCCUCCCUUUGGGAUCCACCUGACGACUUUGUCUUCGAGCUCUAACAGACCUUCUUACGAGCUUCAGGUCAUCGUGAUGGAAGACGGUGUCACGUCUGCCACGCAGACCAAUGCGACUUCCAGUUAUUGCCAGCACCUGACUGCUGACGAGAUUCUGGCCAACUUUACUGAAUGCCUUCCGCCCUUGCCUAAAGGGUUGUACUUUAGCGAGGAUAAUGCCGUGUCUGUGGCUGCGUACUCUUGCCUGUUUAUUGUCGCCGCUUGCGGGAACCUGACUGUUUUCAUUACACUCUUUCGUAACAGGAGCAGUAAGUCUCGGAUUAACCUGUUUAUCAUGCACCUGGCCAUCGCAGACCUGAUAGUGACUUUUAUCAUGCUGCCCCUGGAGAUAGCCUGGCACUCCACGGUCGCAUGGAUGGCUGGAGACGCAGCCUGCAGGUUUUUUAUGUUCUUCAGGGCCAUGGGAUUCUAUCUGUCCUCGUGCAUCCUGGUAUCAAUCAGCCUGGACCGUUACUUUGCCAUCAUGCGACCACUAUCCAUCACGGAUGCUGGCACCCGUGCGAAGGUUAUGUUGAUUGUGUCGUGGUGUUUGGCUAUUGUUGCAAGCAUUCCUCAGAGUGUUAUAUUCCACGUAGAGACCCACCCAAUAUUCCGAUGGUUUCAGCAGUGUGUGACCUUCAACUUUUUCCCGUCUGCUGACCACGAGCUGGCCUACAACUUGUUUAGCAUUAUCGCCCUUUACGGCCUUCCCAUAGCCAUCAUUACAUCGUCCUAUUGCGUCAUCUUGUGUCGGAUUUCGAAGAAAUCCCGUCAGAGUAAAGACGAGAUGUCAGGCAAAGCUUUCGAGGGUUCUCAUUAUCAGCUGCGAAGGUCCGGCAUCGGAAACAUCGAGAGGGCCAAAACCAGAACGUUAAAGAUGACGUUGGUCAUAGUUGGAGCAUACGUCAUGUGUUGGACGCCUUACUUUGUUAUGUCUGCCUGGUACUACUUCGACAGAAACUCGGCUAUAAAGAUUGACCCCAAAGUCCAGAGAGGUCUGUUUAUAUUCGCUGUCUCCAACUCGUGCAUUAACCCCAUAGUAUACGGGAUGUUCACAAUCAAGUUUAAGCGUGAACUAAUUCGUUGUUGUUACUGCCUGAGGGGCGCCCUCAAGAGGCGCCGCAUGGAUGACAGCAACGGCAUCAAGAGGUCCCUCCUGUUCCCGCUGAAGCGCAACUCUGAGUCGUCCACGUCCUCGAGAAACGAGCGUCACAUCAGGGCGCCAGCAUCGGUCGGCGAGGGAGCCACUACACCCAACGGUCAGGGCUGUCGGUACUCUUUCGUGUCUCCCCUGGCGGAGGUGAAGACCAGCUCCUCAAGGGCGUCCCUGAGCUCCGUGGGGAGAGAGGAGAGAAUCAAUCGAGAGGCCGCCCUCUACUCCAUGGAUAGGGUGAGCCUGUCACCCUCCUUAGCGUGUCUAGAACGCUCCAGCACAGGAAACGUGUUGAUCAGAGAGGACAGAGCCAACCUGAAUAAUUUCAUACGGUUAGCAUAACAGAGAUUUGCUCAAUCCACUGUAGCUAGAGUUACCAAACAUUCCUGUGUUAAGUUGAGACUUGCUCACACAAGCUUCAAUGACUACAAACAAUGCCAAUAACUUGCUAUCACAGUGCAGGCCCUAUUUAUCUAAUUCAAUAUAUACAGUAGGCCUACAUUAGCCAGGCGUAGUAUACAGCGUCAACGUUAAAACUUCUUAUUAAAAUAAGUCUGACCAAUGUCUUGUGGAGGCAAGCGAUGGCCUAAUUGAUAUGUCACGGAUUUGGAUAAAUGUCUUGUGGAGGCAAGCGAUGGCCUAAUUGAUAUGUCACGGAUUUGGAUUACUAAGAAAAUAUUUCACAUCCUUGUUUUGUUGUCUCAAAGAGUCUAACCAAGACAAUCUGGCAAAAUGACAAUCUUGUAACCAAACGUAGCCCUGCAAUCAGAUGUUUGUUUUCAUUAAGAAAGAAGAAAAACAUAAAGAUUUUUUCCUAAGUACUUACAUUUGAAUAAUCCAGAGAGUUUAUUCUCUUUGAUCAAACUACGAAAUAUUAUAUUCAUAUCUUCCAUAUGUGUUUUAAAUUGGUGUAAAUAUAAUUUUUACACAGACAUACAAUAAUAGUGUGUGUGUGUGGCUGUAUCAAUAUGAACUUUGGAAAACUCAGUUAUUACUUUUUUUUUUUUACAGAAUUUACUACUGAUAUAUUCUAUUGAGGGAGGAAUGGUUACUUUUAUUUAUGGACCUUAAUAAAUAUUACCUAUAUACGUAUUUUGUAACAAUUCAUUUGAAAGAAUUUUUGAAUAUUUAUAUAUAACUGACAAUGUUCCUACCGGAAGUUUUGGAAAUCUCUCGCGUUUGACCAAAUGUUGACGUCUUCUCAAGGUUUAGUCGAAACGAAAUUUUAAUUAUUAACUACAAUAAAUAUUUUCAAAGUGACAAUAUUUAAUACAGUUGUUUACCUUUUGUUAAUUCCUACAUAGACUAAUGUUAGAAAAGAAAAUGUAUUUCUUGGAUACGACGUGUGUUCUGUUGCUAGAGAGACGUGUAAGGCUACUAACAAAUUACAAUGACUUUCCGAGUUUUAGACAUUGUAUUGGUUUUAUAUCUACCUAUGUAAUAACUGUGAUAUGUUUGAUACUUUUUUUUGUUUUAUUGUUGUUGACUAAUUUAUGAACAAUUAUUUCUGCUCUCAACUUGUGAAAACUGCUUGAAUUCACUAUCGCUAUGGCCAUAUUUUAUUACAGUCAUGAGAUCCAGUUUCGUUUUAACUGGAAUAAGUCUUUGAACAGGUCGCUAAUCUGUAACAUUAAGCGUUGAGUAUUUCAUUACCAUCUACAGCUCUCUAUAUCACAUCAAAAACAAUAGGCUACUCCCCCCUCCCCAAAGUAGGCUUUGAACAAACAAAUUAUGGGAUGUGUGGUUGAGAGGCUUAAACCACUUAGAGACCUAUCAAAAGGGAUAGAGUUCGAAAUCCGGCUCGAGCAGGGUUGUGUUUGCUGAAAACCUAAAGGCAGCACGGAUACCUUCUCCCAGAUACCCCCUUCCCCCACUGGUCCACAAAAUAGCGCACUGAACAUGCUAUGAACAUGAAAGUUGCGAGAUUUUAAACAAUGGGGUAGGCCCUGUGUAUCUAUAAUAGGUCACUCUCCUAGCACGUCGCUGUUUCAAGCGAUGUUUAGGUUCGUGUGUCUGUGCGCGCAUGUCAGACAUAAUAAGUUUGAUUAGUUUUAGGAAUGAUAUUUGAAAAACAACCUGUGAGGUUGUCAACCAACCAGAGCUUAUCUACUAACCUAUGUGAUUAUCUACCAACCUGAGAGCUUAUCUACUAACCUGUGUGAUUAUCUACCAAGCUGAGAGAUUAUCUACCAAGCUGAGAAAUUAUCUACCAAGCUGAGAAAUUAUCUACCAAGCUGAGAUUAUCUACCAAGCUGAGACAUUAUCUACGUUGUGUUCAGGGAAGUCGCAAGACUUCAAAAUGCUUUAGCUCCGACAGAAAGUGAACUGCUGCCUUUGAGAAAGUAAAAGCGACAAAACUGAACCUAUGAUAUUAACGUACUUCGACAAACAUCCUCCGCCACCUUUGCUUCGCAUGUAUCGCGACAUUUUUUUGUCCAAUCUUUGCUUUGUUUUUGUUUCAUGAGAUUCACCAAGAUUUCCGUUUUACUGUCCAGCUUAUCAAACUUCAAUCCAUUCUAGAACAGUUGCAUGUACAAGUGAAAAAAAAAAAGAAGACAAAGCGAUGCAGAGAAAUGUGGAGCGAUAUAAAGUAAUUGUAAGAAAACGAAAAGAGAAAGAUUGUAAAAUGUUUACGAAGAGAAAGAGCUGAGAACAAAGAGCUGACAGAUUUGAGUCUGUACUAACAAGUAGGAGAGAACUCAUAGCUUCCUAAUUCUAUAAACCCACCAGAGAAGACAUGCAUAAAAACUCGCCAUUAUCUGAAAUCGAGGCGCAGUGGCUGAGCGGCAAAGCGCUUGGCUUGGGGUCCCGGGUUCGAAUUCUGGUGAAGACGGACAUUAGUUGGGGAACAGUAAAGGCGGUAGGUCGUUGUGUUGGCUCUCGUUAACCGUAGGCCACAGAAACAGAUGACCUUUACAUCAUCUGCCUUAUAGAUCGCAAGGUCUGAAAGGGGAAAUUUACUUAUCUGAAAUAAACACUUAAAUCUAGAACUCUACUGGAUAGCGACAUUUGUGUUUCUUAGGGUCACAAAAAGACAUGAUUUGUGAAGCAGCUUACUUAAUUAGAUUCAAAUGUUAUAGGUCACAUGACGUGUUGUACAUAUGGAAAUGAUGUAGAUACCAUGUUUGUUUGGAACUCAUUAAUUAAAGUACAAAUAAACUCAA